AAUAUGAAUAUAUAUAUAUAUUUAAUAAUGUCAUAUUAUGAGAGUGUUUUUGGCUAAUGAUCUGUUUUUUGUUGGUUUUUUUGUUUUUUUGUGAUUUCUUAUUUUAAUUAUUUCUUAUUCUUAUUUCUUAUCUUACAUUACACUAGUCAUUUAUCUGUUUGUCCUUCUUCUGACAACACAAUACUGAACAAUGGUCCAAUUUCAUAUUUUCCCUUUUAGGCAAAUACAAAUUUCUACAUAAUAGCAAAUUCACAUAAACAAAGUGUGCCCUUCAGUACAUGCAUGCCGUCUGUGUAAUGUGUCUGAUUUACAUUGUGAAUUAAUGAUAGAAAAAAAUUGGUUUAAGGCUCAUCGGGACUUUCUUAACAGGAAAUGAGGAUGAGCAUUUUCAUCACAGUCAUCAAAAUCAUCACGAGUUUGAAAGGAGAAGCUGUGCACACCCACAGACCUCACAGUAUUUAAGUAUCAGCGUACUCAGUGAAUCAUGUCUUCUUCUCUCCUGCACUCUGGAUCUUCUGUGACUGGCUUAUGACAAAAUAUUUUUAGUAUCUGACAGCCAUGAGUGACUGGUCUUACCUGUCCUCCCUACUAGACAAGGUCCAGUCUCACUCCACUGUGGUGGGAAAGAUCUGGAUGAGCGUCCUCUUCCUGUUCAGGAUCUUUAUCCUUGGUGCUGCUGCCGACAAAGUCUGGGGAGACGAGGUGUCAGAGUUCUACUGUGACACCCUGGAACCAGGAUGUAAACAUGCCUGCUACAACUGGAUGUUCCCAAUGUCCUACAUUCAUUACUGGGUCCUGCAGAUCACCUUUGUGUCCACACCCACUCUGGUCUACCUGGGCCAUGCUGUCCACAUCAUCCACAAAGAGAAGAGGAUGAUGGAGGACAGCACUACGAGAACCUUACUGAAGAAGCCCAAGUAUACAGAUGACAGAGGGAAGGUGAGGAUAAAAGGCAUCCUCUUUUGCACUUACGUGACCCAGCUGGUCUUCAAGAUCUUCCUGGAGGUAGGAUUCUCUGUGGGACAAUUUUUCAUCUUUGGCCCCGUGUUCAUGGUCCCAUACUUCCACUGUAAAUUGUCUCCACCGUGUGCGCGUUUCAGUGGUGCCCAGUGUUACAUUUCUCGUCCCACAGAGAAGACGAUCUUCAUCAUCUUCAUGCUUGUAGUUUCAGGCAUUUCUGUGCUCCUCAACAUCAUAGAGAUAAUCUACUUGCUCUGUAGAAGGAGACAAAGCAUCAAGAAACAACUUCGAACUCAGCACCAUGUGCUGACUUCACAGCACUGGCCAUCUAACCCAGAAUUCAAGGCCAUGAGCAGACAAUAUGGAGACUUGCAUCUGUCAGGUCUCAAACACGAUGACUCUAUCAGUAAAGAGAAGGACACAUGAUACAUGAAUGUCGCUUUAGGAUGUUUGCUCUGUUCAUAGUUGGAUUGUGUGAAAGCAUAAUAAUAAUACUAAAUAACCAAACCAAUAAAGUAUUUACUGUGUCUUUCUUUUAAAGAUACAUAACAUUUUUUAA